AUGGCGCUGUGUACGUACGAUGAAUCGACCCGUACCUGGUACGGUCCAAAGGUGGUACCGAUCUUCAAUCCGAAGGCGAGUGUAGGGCAAGUGAUGAACGAUAUUUUGCGACGAUCACCCGACCGGAUAAUCCAGAUCGAUAUGGAUACGGGGUUCAGGAUGAGUUGUGGCGAGUUCCGGACGAGAAUGAUCCGGUUGGCGCAGAACCUGGUGGAGGUUUGUGGUCUUCAGCAGGGUGAUAUUGUGACGCUGGUAAACGCCAACAGUGAAAAUGUGGCCCCUCUGGCAUGCGCACUGAUGACAAUCGGAGUAACGUGGAAUCCACUCGCGCCGGCUUUCGCCGAAAAUGACAUUGCGCACAUGUUGCGUAUGACCCAACCGAGGGUGAUAUUCUGUGACGACGGAAAUGUGGACGUUGUGCAUGCUGCCUCGCGCAAAGCUGUCCAAGGGAAUCCACCAAUUUAUGUGUUCGAGAGUGCCAGGGAUGACGUGCAGCAUGCGGAGGACCUGUUGAAAGCGACCGGGCGUGAGGAGCAGUUUGUCGCUCCGAAUUUGGGAGAUUCGCGAGAAAAUCUAGCGAUCAUCAUGUCCUCCUCCGGCACCACAGGCCCUCCCAAGGGGGUGUGUUUAACACACGAACAAAUCAUCGGCAUCAUCGGCAGCAACCCACUCGCGAAGCCAAUGACCAUCUUCAACUUUAGCCCGUUGUACUGGGCUACUGGCAUGGUUAUGGUACUGACCACAUUCUCGAGUUCCUCUACACGUCUUAUCACACGACGUCUAUUCAGCGAGGAAAAGUUCUUCGAGGCGGUGGAGAAGUACCGGGCUAACUUCGUCUUCAUGCCUCCGUCGUACGCCAAUCAAAUCUUAGGCCACGAGCGUGUACAGAAAGUUGACUUCUCUAGCCUGGUGUUCCUAGCGGUCGGAGGAAGCUACGUGUCGGAUGCGCUGCGUGAUCGAUUCGAACGGCUGCUUCCGAACGGGCGAACGUACAAUUCGGUCGGUUUGACAGAGAUAGGUUGGGCUUCGUGUGAUUUAGGCAAACGGAAGCCCGGUUCUGUGGGCACUCCGACGGCGAACGUGAGUGUCAGGAUCGUCGAUGAGGAAGGAAAUUAUCUGGGCGUCGGUAAGCGGGGUGAGAUACUGCUAAAGAAUACCGAAUCCACCUUCGUGGGGUACUACAAGAAUGAGGAAGCCACCCGGAAUGCGUUCGACGGGAGCGGAUUUUUCCGCACCGGCGAUAUCGGAUACUUCGACGAGGAAGGUUACCUGUACAUCAUCGAUCGGCAGAAGGAUAUCUUCAAGUACCGUGGAUUCCACGUGACACCAAGCGAGCUGGAAGCCAUCUUGGGCCAGAUCGAGGGAGUGCGAGAAGCGUGCGUCGUGGGCAUUCCGGAAGAUGCGGAUCGAACGACGGAACUACCGACGGCGGUAAUCGUGCGUUCGGAAGGAAGCACACUCGACGCGGUGGAAGUUAACCGAAUCAUCGAUAGCCAGGUAUCGGACUUUAAGCGUCUACGUGGAGGCGUUUACUUCGUGGAGUCACUACCCAAAACGCAAACUGGCAAAAUCUUGCGCCGUAAGGUGGUGGAGAUGUUAUAUGAGAUCAUGCCUCCGAAUGGCGCGUCUUCAAAGCAGUGA